UACAACCAGUAGGGAAGGGAUCAGGGCGGUGGUUGCUCUGCGACUCCUAGUCUUGCCUGCACAAGGGAAGACUGUGUGGUUCGGUGGUUGUCCUUCAUCUCCCAUUAUCUGCAAAGCCCGGGUGUAGAGCUGGAGCAACUCUUGCGAAUCGGCCCCCAGCCCACAGGCACUGCGGCAGAACGGCCUGGCUUCGCUCUCAGCCGCACCGUCUGCGCGCACAGCCACCCCGCCCGCCGAGGCCAGCAUCAGAGGGCCCUUUAAGGGGUGGAGCCGAUGCUCUCGAGGUCCGCCUCCUCUGAUUUGAUUGAGCGCUGAGUGGACUGGCUUGCUCCUCGGCCAACUGCUUUUUCUUUUCCUUCCCGUCUCUUCCCCGGUGACCCCGGAAGUGGAAGUCGGUGCAGGUUGGCGGCCGCGGCGGGGACGGAAGGCGGAAGCGGAGGGGUUGCAGGAGGCGGAGCCGGGGGAGCUGCGCUCUUAGCUCCCCCUGGCCCCAAGGCCCACUGCUCAAGGGGGAGGAGUUACUGCCGCUCGCCAGUUCGUUAUUUUCGCCCCUUCUCCCUACCCCUUGGGCUCUAUAGGGGGACCCUGAACUCCGUCUCCAGCUUUUCCUUUAGGGGCACACGGUCCCCACCCUUUCCUGACAGUCUGCGGUUACCCGCCUUUUGGCUGUCUACCUUUUUCCUAGGAGUGACCCUUGGACCACACCCUUUGCAGUACUUCUUUCCCCCAUUGAAGAUUAUGGCUUCCUGGAAGAAGAAAAACUAAGAUUUGGAAGAGGAGAAAAGUUCCAAAAAAGGCAUCAGAACUUACCGUGAUGGCUGUGACCUAAAACCCUCAGGAAGCCCUGGGGUCAUGGCCCAGAAGCACCCGGGAGAAAGAGGGUUGUGUGGAGUGGACCACAGUGGUGAUGCCUCCCUCAGGACUUUAGGACCCUCCACGGAUCCUGAAAUACUUGCAUUCUCAGGACUCAGGGACUCAGCAGAGACUGCUCCUAAUGGUACCCGUUGCCUCACGGAACACUCUGGUCCGAAGUACACACAGCUCCCAAAUCCGGCUCAUUGGUCAGAUCCAAAUCAUGGCCCCCCAAGGGGUCCAGGACCACCUAGGGAAGGAGAGGACCCGGAUCAAAGUGAGGCAUCUUCAGAAGAAGAAUCAGGAAUGGACCAGGAACUCUCGAAAACUGCAGCUGGGUACCAUGAGGAUGGGAACCCUUCUUUUCUUUCCAGUCCAUCUGCUUGUAACUGCCAGGGAACACCUGGAAUUCCACAAGGGCCUUACUCUGAGGGAGGAGAUGGUUCUUCUAGCAGCUUUUGCCACCAUUGUACCUCUCCAGCCUUUGGGGAAGAUGAAGAAUUGGAAAAGGAAUAUGACAAUGAGGAACCUCUUAAAUUUCCAGGUGAAUUUUCACGGGUGUCCAGCGGAAAGAAACUUCCAUCCCGGAGACAGCGGCACCGCUUUCUGACCAAGGAUGAUGGUCGGGAGAGUGGACGUAAAGAUCCCAGGUCCCCUGGUCGACAUCGGCUGGGCCGGAAACGAAGUCAGAGAGAUAAGCGCAAAGGCCUGGGAUUAUGGGGAGCAGAAGAACUAUGUCAGCUUGGACAGGCAGGCUUCUGGUGGUUGAUUGAACUGCUGGUGUUGGUGGGAGAGUAUGUGGAAACUUGUGGCCAUCUCAUCUAUGCAUGUAGGCAGCUGAAAGGCGGGGAUCUGGACCUUUUUCGAGUUUGGGUGGGAGCCUGGAUUGGGCAGCUAGGCAGCUGGACACAGGUGGUGUGUCAGUUUCUAAACCAGGGAUUUUACUAUGGGGCAGGGCUGUUCACCCGUUUUCUUAGGCUAAUGGGUGCUUUGCUGCUCCUGGGUCUAGCCCUCUUUUUGGGCUGUCUCCAGUUGGGCUGGCAGUUUCUGGUGGGCCUGGGUGAUCGGUUGGGCUGGAGGGAUAAGGCCACCUGGCUGUUUUCUUGGAUGGAUUCACCUACCUUGCAGCGUUGCUUGACUCUGGUGAGAGAUAGUAGGCCCUGGCAGCAGCUGGUAAGAAUAAUUCAGCAGGGUUGGCUGGAGUUGCCUUCAUUCAAGCAAAGGACUAGUAGCCAGGGGGACGCACCAGUGGCUAGUGGGCGAUAUUGCCGGCCUGAAGAGGAAGUGGCUCGACUCUUGACCAUGGCUGGGGUUCCUGAGGAUGAGCUAAACCCUUUUCAUGUGCUGGGGGUUGAAGCCACAGCAUCAGAUACUGAACUAAAGAAAGCCUAUAGGCAGCUGGCAGUGAUGGUUCAUCCUGAUAAAAACCAUCAUCCCCGGUCUGAAGAGGCCUUCAAGGUUUUAAGGGCAGCUUGGGACAUUGUCAGCAACCCUGAAAGGCGGAAAGAAUAUGAGAUGAAACGAAUGGCAGAGAAUGAGCUGAGCCGAUCAGUGAAUGAGUUUUUAUCCAAGUUGCAAGAUGACCUCAAGGAAGCAAUGAAUACUAUGAUGUGCAGUCGAUGCCAAGGGAAGCAUAGGAGGUUUGAGAUGGACCGUGAACCUAAGAGUGCCAGAUACUGUGCUGAGUGUAAUAGGCUGCAUCCUGCUGAGGAAGGAGACUUUUGGGCAGAGUCAAGCAUGUUGGGGCUCAAGAUUACCUACUUUGCACUAAUGGAUGGAAAGGUCUAUGACAUCACAGAGUGGGCUGGAUGUCAACAUGUGAGAAUUUCCCCUGAUACCCACAGAGUUCCGUAUCACAUCUCAUUUGGCUCUCGGAUCCCAGGCACCAGUGGUCGGCAGAGAACUCCCUCAGAUGCCCCUCCUGCUGAUCUUCAGGAUUUCCUGAGUCGAAUCUUUCAAGUACCCCCAGGCCAGAUGUCUAAUGGGAACUUCUUUGCAGCUCCUCAGCCUGGCUCUGGGGCUACUGCAGCCUCCAAGCCCAGCAGCACAGUACCUAAGGGAGAAGCCAAACCCAAGCGGAGGAAGAAAGUGAGGCGGCCCUUCCAGCGUUGACUCCUCUUCCUACUUUCUUCAAAUCAAUGUCAGGGAGUCAAAAGGGCUGUGUAUAGCACAGGAUGGAGUUUGUUUAUUUUUAAAGAUUUUAAAAAGGGAAAAUUUUAAGCCUAAAUUGUUCACUAGUACUUGUAGGAAGCCCAUGAACUACUGUCCCUCCAACUGAAGCACCCAGGAACUGAAUCUUGUCUUUUGACAAUACCAAAGAAAUAGGGAUGGCUAGAGUGAAGAACCUGGGCCCAGACCUGGGCUGAACAAUAUAUCCUUCUGAGGGGUGGGAAGUAUUUCUCUGGGGUUGGUAUGCCUUUGUCUUGUCAUUUGCCUUUAGAGCAGAUGAUUCCCCCACCCUUUUAAACUAUGAGUCUCUUAUUUCUUGGUCCGUUUUAUGGAGGAGUCUCCAUCAUCCUGGUAACACUAGUUAAAAGACAGAACAAGGAAGCACGUAACCCUGCUCAUGGAGGUGCACAGUUCAGAGUGGAAACUCUGAACUUUUCUUGACUUUCACCUUGUGAGUAAAUCACCCAACUGCAGGUUUGUUGUUGCAAGAAUGGCCAAAAUUAAUUUUUAAAAAGCAGACUCAUGCCCUCUGCCCUUGGGUGAGGGAGAAUGACAGGGGAGUUCUAACAAGCCUCCUUUUAUCCAAGGGUUUGUAUUUUUUUAAGUUUGUUCAUAUUUUUAUGUACAUAGCUAUUUAAAGCCAGGGGAUUAUCUUUCUAUAAAUAUGUAACUGGCAACCUGUAUCUUCCCUCUCUUUAUUGCCCAUAUAGCCGGGGCCCUUUUUAUCACUUGAUCAUCUUUUUGUACUGUUAGCUGAAAGUGAAGGGCACUUACUACCAGGCUAAAGGAU